GGCCUCGCAGUGCAUUUGGGUGCGGAGGCCAUAGAGGAGGAUCCUUUUGACGAGGAAGGCUCCAGUGGACAGGCCUGGGGUGGCAAUCGAGAUCUGGACCAAGAAACCAACCGCCGCAGUGUGGAGAGGCCGAGGCUUGAAAGUCACAUCCAGGCUAUGGUGCAGGCACAUUGGCAGGCAGUGCGAUAUCCGCCAGAGCCAGAACAGGAGGCCAUGUUGAAAACUGCUGAAAACUGUGGACCGUUGACCGGCCAAUCCAAUGUGGGUUUGUCCAAAAAUGGGGAUACACCAUUUGUUCUACUUAAUCAGGGGAAGUGAUGAUCAGCCAUGGGAUUUGAGAAUGCCCUAUUUCUGUGCAAGCCCAUAUGCUGAAGUGCUACAUUGUUUGGUGAUGUACUCGUAUUGGAAAUGAAAAUGUACAUGGUGAUGAAAACUGCGGUAAGACGAGUGAGUGUGGUUAAAAAUGGGGUAUACCCCCAAGUUGUGGCCCAUUUUUAAAUGGGGACUAUGGUAAUUCGCCGGGUUCCCCAUGUUCAGACAGAACCAUAUUUAUCGUCAUUCUAAGGCUCACUUUGAAUGGGACGACUUCGUUCGAUUUCGCGAGCUGUGCAACAUCAAUAUCACUGAAGCCUGUGUGGUUGUUACCCCUCGAUGGAUCAUUGAACACAUUGGUCAGUUGCUCGAGGAGAUUUGUAAGCAGAACCCGAUCCCAUGGCAGGACAUAGAUGCUUGUGUCUUCGUCUUGACCGGCGUCGCGUCACGAGCGCCUGCUGGUCAAGAUACGGUGAUCCCAAGACUCAUUGAGCUCUUGCCGCAGCUGCCAUAUCCUUCAGAUGGGGUGAAGGCCCUGCUCUUACGCAGCGCCGCGUCUCGCCUGGUGCUCUUCACUUCAGGUUACUUGGCUCUGAACGAAGGGCCGUGCAAGGCAAUCCUGAAAUUCCUGGCACUGCAGCAUCUUCCUUCGAUUUUGCCGUUGAAGCCAGCGCCUGACCCAGAUGUGAAGAAGUACUGCGAGUCCUUGGCAUGUGAUGCCAUGAAGAUGGUAAUGACUGCGGCCCGCAAGACCAUCGUGGCAGCAGACAACGGCGGAUUGUGGAAGGAGGCAGUGAAUGCGGUCAUCGCUUUGGUCUCGGAUGGGCGCUUCAGCGUUGACUGCCGUGCUCAACUGGUUUUCGGCAUUGGCCAAGUGCUGUCAGUGUUGCAGGACUGGAACGAGUUAGAGCAGGCACUAUCCAUGUUCGUCUCCCGCAUGGAAGUGCCCAUUCAGCCGAUCCUUAGCGCGUUGCCACCGGAACCGUUAGGCUCUCGUGCGGUGAAGACCACCCGCGAUGGCAAGGCACCGGUGGAGUUGAAGCUUUACAUCGCCUCGGUUUCCAGCGUUUACAACAUGCCAGCAAGAGAUCCAACCUUGCUACCAGCAGAUCAUCACCCAGUGCUGGGUGUGGUGGAGAAACAUUUCGCAACCAUUGAGCGAGUGUGCAUCCAUCACACCCACUAUGAGGAACUUAUGGAGCAAGUCUGUUUAGCAUUCAGCUACAUCUUGGGUUUCUCCAGAGAGUACGCACCCAUGUCAAAAGUCUUUGUGCCGAUGAUGAAGUUGAUGGCCAGAUGCUGUGAGCAACACCCGCAGCCAUACUACAUGAGCCUCGUGAGAUCGGCCAUUGGUUUCUUCGCCUCAAAUGCCGAGAAUCAGAUGGAUGCCGUUUUAGUGGACCUCACAGGCCUUUUCAUAGCCCCAGUUGCUCGAACCCUCACCGCAGCCACGGCUUCUGGUGGCGUUCAUGCAGCCGCUAGCGCGAUUGCGCCUCCAAUCAGCGGAGCAGCCUAUGAGAUGAUGGCCGAAGCCGUCAGGCAUUGGAAUCUUUCCUUGCUGGCCAUCAAAUCAACUCAAUGGAUGCCUGAAGUCCUGGAUUGCACCAUUGAGGUGCUACCGAGACUCACCGAGGAAGGUCAGGCCAUGUACGAGAGGACCAUUACUGCCAUGCUGCGGUUCAUCCGCAAUGUGCUGCUGUGGGGUGACCCCGGGACGGCCAAAGGGGACAUGGCCCCAGAGCUGCUCGAGCUGCAGAAGCAGGCGCAGGGCAUCAUGGUGGAAAGGCAGCUGCCAAGAGGAACGGCAUUGCCUCGCCUUAUUCACAGCCUGUCGAUGCUCCUGGUGGUGUCAGCGCCAAACAACCCGAGCCGGGGCGAGGUGGUGCCUACUGUGGCAGAGGUGUAUCGAAGUCUGCUGAUUGGUCCGUUCGAGUACCUUGCUUCUCAACAGAUUCCAGCCAGCUUGAAAUCACUGCCUCAACCCUGUUCAACAGCACUGGUGGGCGAGCAUGAUCCACAGAAGGUCUUGCAACAGCUGAAGAUGGAGAAAGGUGAUUCUCGCAGAUUUACCAAAACGAUCAUCAGCGUUGCGGAGCUCUUUGCUGUCACACUGAAAAGGAGCCCCCUCGUAGUUUAGAAAUUGUAGGAAACAAAAAACAAAUGACCUACCCCAUUAUCCCCAAAAAUUCGAAAA